ACUGGAGAAUACAGUGUGCGCCCCUGUCGUCGGGUCAAUGCCUUGAGAGUAGUUGUGUGUGGUUGGCGGUGCGUGUAGUAACCAGGGGGGUUGGUUGUAGUGACUGGGUUCUGCUUGUCUCCCCCUCCCUCUCUCACUCUCUCUUUGGUUCACCGCUCCCUUGCUUUGCCUCACCAGUCGAGAGAGACAGCUGUGUCAAACGGUAGCGCUCUGCAAAUUCCACUCGGACCAGAUGAAACUUCUAGCGGUGUUGCCGGUGCUUCUCGCCGGCCUGGCGGUGGCCGCAGCGGCGGCGGGACAAGGGAGCUUCAGCUGGGAUCAGAAAGAGUUGGCGCCCAAAGAGCGCUUUACCAUCCUGGCCCAUCACAACCGCCUGAGGAGCAAAGUGCAGCCUCCUGCAGCCAACAUGCAGAAAAUGGAUUGGAGUGAGAAGCUUGCCUGGCUGGCACAGAUACGAGCGAGCAGUUGCCAAAGAAGUCCCCAGGACCUGUGGCGUCCAGUGGCGGAGGAGGAGGAGGAGAUUGGCUGGAAUUACCACACCGCUGUGGACGGGAGAGUGUCUGUCUCGGAUGUCAUCGACCUGUGGUUCAGGGAGGCUCAGAAUUACCACUACCACACCGGCCAGUGCAAAUACAACACCUCUUGCCAGCACUAUACACAGCUGGUCUGGGCCACCUCGAGCAAAGUGGGAUGUGGGAAACACACUUGCCUUCACAAUGACAAAUGGAUGAUGGUUGUAGUCUGUGCCUAUUCUCCAGGAGGAAACUGGGAAAUCAAUGGGAGAACAAUCAUUCCCUACAAGGAAGGACCUUCAUGCUCCUUCUGCACUUCCCGCAUGUCAGGCUGUUUUAAAUCCUGGGACCACCAUGGAGGCCUGUGUGAGGUGCCGAGGAAUCCAUGUCGGAUGAGCUGUGGGAACAGGGGCCAGCUGAACGUGACCUCGUGUCGAUGUGAGUGUCUACCCGGAUUCACUGGAAGAUAUUGCCAAGUCAGGUGCAGCCUGCAGUGUAUUUACGGCAAGUACAGGGAUGAGGAGUGCUCCUGUAUCUGUGACGUGGGAUACGGUGGCGUGCUGUGUGGAGAAAAGCUGGAAUUUCCAUUCCACACCUGUGAUAUCCUGAUCGAUGGCGACUGCUUCAUGGUCUCUCCCGAAGCAGAUACAUACUACGGAGCCAAGAGUAAAUGUCAGGAGCGUGGUGGGAUUUUAGCACAAGUGAAAAACCAGAAGGUGCAGGAUAUCCUGGCCUUUUACCUCGGCCAGCUGGAGAACACCAACGAGGUUACCAACCCUGACUUUGAAACACGCAACUUCUGGAUUGGCUUGACGUAUAAAACAUUGAAAGACUCGUUCCGUUGGGACACGGGAGAGACUCCCUCCUUUUACAGCUUUGCAUUUGGGCAGCCGGAUAAUCAAGGGUUUGGAAACUGCGUUGAGUUGCAAGUCUCCAGCGCCUUUAAUUGGAAUGACCAGCGCUGCAAGACUCGCAACCGAUACAUCUGCCAAUUCCGCGAGGAGCACGUCGCGCGCUGGGAAUGAAGGAACAAGUCUGUUGUGUUUCCACGGGGGAGAAGCGAGGCCUCCCACACUUUGUUCCCGAGCUCCGGUAUUCACUGCAGUAGUUUAGCCACUGGGAUCAUAGGUAUGGACUCGCGCUGAAAGUCAGGUUCACUUUACGGUUGAUUAUUGUUCCAGCCCUCCCGAAAUUGAGCAGGUGGCGUCCUCUGGAUUGUAAACCCUGUUGUGAAUGUACAAAAGGGUGUUGUUGCUGAGGAAAGGAAAAUUAUUUAGGCAGGUCCUGGAGUUUAGUGGGAGGAAGCAAGGUUGUUGCAGUGUGGAGUGGAGUGAUCCCCCUCAUAUUGUUGAAGCCAAUAACCAUUAGAAUUGGCAAUACCUCCCCACUGAGCACUGGGCUAUGGGUCAGUGUGUGCAGUUUACACACGGCUACCUACUGGUUUCAGUCAUGCUUGGUUGCUCAGACACUCCCACAGGGAGAGCAGGGGCUGAAUCUGCCGCGUUGGUUAGAUGGAUUGGGUCUCACCAUCUGCCUUCACUUACCUUGUUGCUUUUUCUUGCUGAGAGUCCAAAUUUUUGUGUUGGGUGAACAGAAGGGUGGCGGGGAGCAUUAGGAUCACAUUCAAAGGUGCAUUGCCUCUCCUUUCUCCAACCCCCCCCCCCCCCAUCUCUCCCCCCCUACCCCGCAGCUGUAUAGAAAUCGAAAACAAAAAAUGCAGAUGCUGGAAAUCUGAAAAAAAAUAAAAAAAUGUAAACGCUGGUAUUGUCUGUCGGGUCAGGAAGUGUCCCUCACCACAGUUGCUGCCUGACCCGCUGAAUAUUCCUAGCUAUAUUUUAAGCUCCACUGGUGUGGAGGCAUUGUUGUUGCACCUUAUAGUUAGAGCUGUGGGUUCCUCUGCUGUAUGUGAGGUAGUUUAAAGGGCAGGCGUACUCACAUUGAGAAGACUGUACCAAACCACUGCCCAAUAAACGAGUGAACAUUGUGUCAAAUAAAAUGUUGUCGUUACAGCAGGCCUCUUUAAUGGUCAAAAGAUGUAAAAUUCUUACUAAAAUAACUCAUUUGAUGUUGCAAACAGUGUUGUGCAGAGAUUCACAGCAUCGCAGCUGUUUCCGUCUCCACUGAAAGCUGAACUGACUUUGUCCAACAUGUGAUGAUCUGCUUUGCAAGGAACAGAAAACUGCCCGCCCGGAUUAAUAAGCCAUCAUAUUUCCUGAUCAUCUUCAGUCCCUUCCCUACCUCCCCACGUGUUGUUUGUCUCCAGAAUUGCACUGGAUUGUCUCUCAAGCCCAUCAGCCCAUGGUCUCGGCAUAAUGAUUCAUUGAAAACCUCAGCCUUGUGCGACCUGCUGCGUUAUUUCUCCGAUAGAAUUAUGGAAUGUUUGCAACACAUAAUGAGAUCAUUUAGCCCUAGUGUCUGUUCUGGUAUUCAGACCACCCAACCUAAUCUCAUCUUCCAGCAUCCGAUCCACAUCCAGAAAAAACUAUGCUCUGUUGAAAUGUAUUGACGGCUUCUGGCGUCUGCUGUCCUUAGAGGCAGUGAGUUUCAGUCUCAUAUUGACACUAUUUCUCCUCUAAUUACUUUUUUUUCUCCCAAGGGUAAGAAAAAUAGGUCCUUCAGAUUUACUCCGUUUAGAUCCCUGACAUCCGGUAUUUUCCCAUUGCUAACAUUUCCCAGCCCUGGUAACACCUUUGUAAAUCUUCUCUCCGCCCUCAGUUCUUCCGCCCUCCGCAUUCUCUCCACCACCAUUCUUUCAUGUAAUGUGGUGACUGAAACUGCAUGUCGUAUUUGAGCUAUGACUUGACAAGUGUUUGUACAGUUCUAGAAUAACCACCUUUCUCUUAUAUUCUGUGUCUUACCUAAUAAAGGAAAGUUUCCCUUA